AUGGCGCUUGCGGAUAGAACCACGGAUAACUUCUGCUGGGUGACACUGGUGACCAAAGCAUCAUAUCUACCGGGGGCCAUUAUUCUCGCCUAUACUCUCGAUCAACACAAGUCGAAAUACCCAUUCAUAAUCCAAUACACCUCAUCACUUGGUGACGAAGCUGUGGCUGCACUGGAGGAAGAAAGUCGUAACUAUGGCCGCAUAAAAUUACACAAAGUAGACCUUCUCUUACCACGAAAAGAUCAGGAGAAUACUGGAAGUGUGGCUGAACGGUUCAAGGAUACAUUCACAAAGCUGAGAGCAUUUGAAGUCUACAACCAAGGCUAUACUCGAGCGGUGUUCCUUGAUGCAGACAUGACCAUAUUCCGAAACCCAGACGACCUGUUUCGGUGCGAACUACCUGGUCGAGAUUGGCUAGGUGCUAAUCAUGCUUGUGUCUGCAACUUGGAUCACGACUCUUGGGCCCCUUUAGAAUGGCAGAAAGGCAACUGUGCAUAUACACCUCUGAUCAAUGCUGACGAUGUUGCUGCACCAAUCACCCCUGACAGUCGUCCAACAUAUCACCUGCUCAAUGGCGGCAUGCUGUUGUUCAAUCCAAGCCAGGAACUUUGGUCCAGGAUGCUUGAUCAUUUCAAUACAUCAGAAAAACUCAAAACAUACCAGUUCCCUGAUCAAGACUUCCUGGCAGACUUCUAUCGAGACAAGUGGCAUCCUCUUUCGUGGAAAUACAAUGCCCUGAAAACCAUGAGGUAUUGGCACCCUAAGAUGUGGUCGGAUGAGAAAUUAGUAGUCUUGCAUUACAUUGUGGACAAACCCUGGGAACGACAGGUUAGCGAUGAAGGAGUUGCUGGACAUCUAGGCCGAGAUGGAGAAACACAUACCUGGUGGUGGGACAUCUACUACGACUGGAGGAGACAGAGAGAAGACAACAACAAGAGUCAUGUUGUUCUUACGAUCAUGGACAAACUGAUUGACACUGAAAAGCCUUUCACAGAAGUGAUCCCUCUUCCACAGGAUGUUGGCAAGCCGGAGGAUGUUCUUCCCUGUCCUUGA